AUGCAUCUGGACAAGGAAGACAACUACAUUAUAGAUAAGAAAAAGAUCGAGAGUGUGAACAAAUAUAUUUAUACGAAGUUUCCCACAUUUGAACUUCACAAGAAAGUAAAAAAUUACAACAAUAAGAUAUCCGAAUUGAUGAUAGAAAAUGAAAAGUUAAAAAAGUAUAAAAGUAAUUUGGAGAAAAGGAUAAUAAGAGGUAACGAAAAUUUUGAAGUCAAUUUUAUGAAGUAUGAGCUAGCCAUUUCGAAUGCGUUACGUAUUGGCUAUUCAUGCAUAUACCUAUGCAACGCACUAAAUAAAAUUAUAGACAGGUAUAAGAUAAGCGUCCUAAGGGAGCUACACAGAAGAAGAGAUCAAUUCAAAAACAAUCUCAUAAAAUCUUACAUGAAUAAAAACUCGUACGAUAAGUUAUUCAUAAAUAGUAUGGUUAUGAAGAUAGAGGGGGUAUACCAAAGGAACAGGAACUUUGUCACUAUCGUUUUGGUAAUCUUGGUGAAGAAUAAGUUGAGAGAUAUUUUCAAAUUUUUCGUCUGCAAUGUUUUGGGGAUUCCCACUGGGGGUUCCUAUACCUUGAAUGGUUUGUCCUUUGGCAAAGGAAAUUCGAACAGAGCGACAUCGUCUAGAAGGGGGAAUGACCGCUAUGUGCAGCUGACCAUGGAUGCAAGAAUCCAGUACACAUCCGGGUUUAUAAAAUUAAUGGACGUUUUAAAAAGUACAGUGUACGGAACAGUUAGAGUUUACUUCAUCAUCUUGAAGAGGCAUAAUGAUGAAUACGAUUUGUAUGCACGUGGUGUGUGGAAGUCCUUCCCACUUAGCAAAAGCGAGAGAAUUGAGUUUUCCACGAACAGUGGAGACGCGAAUACAGAUGCAGUCCAAAAUUGUGGAAAACAAAAGGGUAAAAGUCGGAAUGAUAAACUAUUUAGGAGUUAUGACUCUUUGGUGGGCAAUAAAUUAAUUGCCAGAGGGGACAUCCAGGAUGAUAAGUCUAACUUAGAAUAUAACCGCUCCAGCAAUAGCAUCUACUUGCCCCACCCGAGUGACGUGUACAAUUAUUUGUACUACCAGGAACUGCUAAACAUUAAGGACAAGUUAUCAGCCAGACUUAUGGAUGAUGAAAACAGCGAUUUAGUAAACUAUAUCAAAUUUAUGGAGACAAACGGGGAAGUAUACUGUUUGAGGGGAAAUGGGAAGGACAGGGAUUCAUCGGUUGUGAAUGCAACCAAUAAGAGCAGCGCUAUAGGGAACUCGCCUAUACAAAGUUGGUUACCACAGAGUAAUAAGUGCCCACGCACGCGGGCAAAAGAAAUAGCUUCCCCGUUCUCUGAUCAAGUGACCACGGUGCCAAAUGAUACCAACCUCGGUUUUCAUGACAGGGGGCGUGGCGACGUCCACAGGGGCAGAGUUGUUAGUUUUUCCUUAUCAGAUGAAGGGGGUAAUCCAAAUGUAGAUAACAGUUUUUAUGAGCAGAAAAAAAGAGUCGGAUUUAAUAUAAAGGAGAAGGUAAAUUAUGCUGACUUAGAAGGUUUGCGGAGAUAUGGGUUUAAUGGGGAGGAAGACAAUAUUCUGAACGGGCCAGGCGAAAAUAGUGGUGGGGUUCAAUUUAUGGCUCGCGAGGAGGGGUACUCUCCGCCGCUGAGGGAGGGAGAAGUGGAUGACGGGUAUUACGCCGCAGACGGGAAUUACACUGUCGACGAAAACAUCAAAACGAUGGUCUCGUUCAGCGACAUGGAAAACAAUUUCAGGAGCAUAAUGUCGAAGGCCAGCGAGGGUAAUGAGAAUGUCCCCGAGGAUGAGGCCUAUGAGGGCAAUCAAAAUUUGUGUGAACAAAGUGUUGUCAACAUAAAGCAUGGGUUGAGUAGAGUCCAGGACAAGAAUUUUAUAUGGCUUGUAGGUGAAGGCCCACCGGAUGAUAUCGAAGUCAACCGUAUGGGUCAAUAUUAUUUUGGGGAGGAUGAGGGGUAUGGUAUGGAAGUGGGGUAA